AUGUCCUGCUACGACUUGUGCCUGCCCUUGUCCUGUGGUCCCCGGCCCCUGGCCACCAGCUGCAACCAGCGCUGCUUCCGCCGCUGUGAGGACUCCACUGCCUUCAUCCAGCCACCCACAGUCGUGGUGACGCUGCCCGGGCCCAUCCUCAGCUCCUUCCCUCAGAGCACCACGGUGGGCUCCACGGCGUCGGCAGCGGUGGGGAGCUACCUGCGCCGCUGCGGCGUCCCCGUGGGCUCCCGGGGCCCGGGCAAGGCAGGACUGCUGUGCCUGGGCGCCGGGCUGUAG